CAGCGCGGCUCUGGUGCGGUCACCUCCUUCAACCGGUCCGGGGACGCCUGUCCGGAGCCGGUGCAGCCGUACGUCAUGUCCGGCGACUCUCUGGAGGCCGCCUCCCGGCGCCGUAUCGUGGUCGGCACCGCCGGCGCCCUAGGCAACCUGUACCGGCUGGGGCUGCGGCAGAGUCACUUCACACACGCGUUCGUGGACGAGGCGGGCCACAUGACGGAGCCGGAAACGCUGGUGGCGCUGGGCCUCGUGUCGGCGCUGGACGGCCAGGCCGUGCUGGCCGGCGACCCACAGCAGCUGGGGCCCGUCCUCCAGUCGCGAUACGCCGCCGCUUGGGGACUCCAGACGUCGAUGCUGGAGCGGCUGUCGGAGCGGCCGCUGUACGGCCGGGACGCCGAGAAGUUCGCCGACCACGGCUGCUACAACCCGCUGCUGGAGGGCCUGUCGGCAGAGGUGUGA